CUUCAGAAUCGAAAGCAGCCCUGCACAGGAGGUGAAAGUUUGGAACUCAGAUAAUUUUUCUGAUCCACAAAAUGAAUCACGUUAACGGACACGUCCCUUCAUCGACAAACAUAGAAACUUAAACACGGAGGCGUGGAAAAAUGUGGAAAGUCAUCGAUAAUUUGUAGUAGGGGGGAAUUCGGAGUUGACCGUUCGUUUAAAUUCACCUUAGACCGGAGAGAAAUGAUCAGUAGUUCGUAGCAGUCGUAUGAAAUCAAUGAAUAAUUUCAAUGCAUUAAGAUUUUUGAAAGUUUUCUGGGAUUAAUUUUGUACGCGAUCCACGAAAUCGUGCAUUUCACAGUUGGUCCGGAUAAAUAGUACAAAAAUGUCGUUUUCCCUGCAAAUUUUUGGAGUGGUCAUUGGGAUCGUUGGUUUCGUGUAUAUUUAUCUGAAAAAUGUGACUUUUAAAUACUGGAGUUCGAGAGGAAUACCCCAGACCGAUCCGGUCGUCCCAUUCGGAGAUUCGUGGCCAAUUUUCACCGCCAAAUUAUCGAUUGGUGAAUACACGCGAGAUUUGUAUUUGAAAUUUAAAUCGCAUCAAGUUGUUGGAAUGUACUCGUUUUUCAAACCGCAUUUAGUGAUUCGGGAUCCCGAUAUCAUAAAAUUGAUACUGACCAAAGAAUUUCCGAAGUUCCAAGACCGCGCAAUGUUCUACGACGAAAAAUUGGACCCCAUGACAGGUCAAUUAUUUCUAUUACCCGGUGCAAAAUGGAAAAACAUAAGAAAUAAAUUAUCGCCUACGUUCAGCUCUGGAAAAAUGAAGUACAUGUUCGCUACGGUAAAACUUGCCGCUGAACAACUGUCGGAAUGUGUUGGGGAAAAAAUUCAGCAGACCAAUUUAAUCGGGGUAAAGGACCUGUUGGGAAGAUUUUUCACCGACGUUAUCGCGUCGGUCGCCUUCGGUAUCGAGUGUAACAGUCUGAAAAAUGUGAAAUCCGAAUUUCACGUUUAUGGCAAAAAAGUGUUCGAAGCGAGACCAAUAGCGAACACAAUGUUCUCACUGUUCCCGGGAGCAUUGUCAUUUUUCGGCAUUCGUGCGUUCGACAAGAAGUGCAGCGAUUUCUUUCUCAAGGCUUUCGAGGAUACCGUGGAGUACAGAACGUCCAAGAACAUUGUGCGAAAGGACUUGUUAGAACUCCUUAUGCAACUAACGGAUAGAGGCCACAUCCAGGGUCACGGUAGUGAGGAGUCACCGGGAAAAUCAAUGAAUACCGAUGCGAAACUUUCGAUGACUGAGGCGGCCGCACAAGCAUUUGGUUUUUGGUUGGGCGGCUUCGAAACCUCAAUGACAACCACGUCAUUUAUUCUCUACGAGAUGUCAUUGAAUCAGGAUAUCCAAGAUAAACUAAGCGACGAGAUAAACGAUGUCCUGAAAAAACAUGGCGAUCUAACUUACGAAUGUUUGGCAGAAAUGACUUACCUACAGAAAGUGAUAUCGGAAACUCUCCGGAAACAUCCGACCGUUCCAACUCUGAGUCGUCAGGCAAAUCAGGACGUACCCUUGCCCGGAACUGGUACAGUGAUUCCAAAAGGAACAUCCGUCGUAAUUCCGGUGUACGGACUCCACGCGGAUCCAGAAAUAUACCCAGAUCCCGACGUAUUCGAUCCAGAGCGAUUCGAUCAGGAAAAUAUUGCCAGCAGGCAUCGUUACUCUUACCUACCUUUCGGGGAAGGUCCGAGAAAUUGUAUCGGGAUGAGGUUCGGUUACCUUCAAACCAAAAUGGGCGUCGUUACCCUCCUCUCGAAAUACCGAUUUUUACCAGGACCAGAUACCAGAGUCCCGAUGCCUGUGGACAGAGGUAGUUUCGUCCAUACUCCGAACAGCAAUGUAACGCUUCGAAUCGAAAGGAGGUACGCGCAACAACCGACAGUCAUGUCGUUUUUUACGCAACAAUUUCUGUUGCAGUUAUUCGGUACCGUAAUCGCCGUAAUAUUAGCGCUAUGUUUGUACUUCAAAUACGUCCUUCACAAUUACUGGAGGUCCAGAGGAAUUCCGCAAAUCGAACCGGUCGGUCCAUUCGGCAGUCUCCUCGCUAUUGCCAAAUCCGGUUUUGGUAAAUUCUUCCGCGAUUCGUACCUACGUUUUAGAAAAAGUCCGGUAUAUGGUUUCUACGUGUUGCACAGACGAACUUUAGUCGUGAACGAUCCCGACCUCGUCCGUUUCGUCCUCACGAAAGAAUUUCAACACUUUCACGACCGCGGUUUGUACAGCAACGAAAAAGCCGACCCUUUGACGGCCCAUUUAGUUUUCCUCAAUGGAAACAAGUGGAAAAAUUUGCGAGCCAAAUUGACGCCGACCUUCACUUCCGGUAAAAUGAAACACAUGUUUUCAACCGUGGAAGAGACUGGAAUUGAACUUGCACAGAGUGUCGCGGAUAUAGCGAAGGAGAAAAAACUUGUAGACGUCAAAGAUCUCAUGGCCAGGUACGCCACCGAUAUCAUCGCUUCUGUAGCGUUCGGCAUAAAAUGUGAUAGUCUGAAGAAUCCGGAUAACGAGUUCAGGUCGUGGGGUCGUAAAAUCUUCGCACCGAGACCCUUGAAAAAUGUUUUCAUAGGCGUUGCCCCUGGUGUGCUAAAGUUCUUCAAUAUGAGAAUCAGUGAGCCGGAGUUAUCCGACUUCUUUAUCGGCCUUUUCAAGGAAGUGGUCGAGUACAGGACGGCGAAUAACGUCGUGAAGAAAGAUUUUCUAGAUCUGCUUAUCCAAUUGAUGAACAAAGGAUACGUUCACGACGACGAUGGAAAAAUGCCCCACAUAUCGGAGAAUGCCGAUGGAAAAAUUACCAUGCUGGAAGGAGCUGCCCAAGCUUUUAUAUUCUGGGUUGCCGGUUUCGAAACUUCAUCUUCAACGGCUACGUUCUGCCUCAUAGAAUUGGCGGUUCAUCGGGAUAUCCAAACAAAAUUAGCUGACGAGAUCGAAUCGGUGAUUGACAAAUUUGGGGGCCUCACCUACGAAAGUGUAAACGCGAUGACCUAUCUCCAUAAAGUAAUAUCUGAAACGCUCAGAAAAUAUCCACCGCUGCCAAUUUUGAGCAGAAUAUGUGCCGACAAUAUCGAAUUACCCGGAACGGGACUUAUGGUGGAAAAAGGAACUCAGGUCAUCGUCCCGUUGUUGGGACUUCAUUCGGAUCCCGACGUAUUUCCAAGUCCUGAUUCAUUCGAUCCCGAAAGAUUCAACGAAGAAAAUAUCGCGACGAGACAUCAGUAUUCUUAUUUACCGUUCGGCGAAGGUCCUAGAAACUGCAUAGGUUCGAGAUUCGGAUUGCUACAAACGAAAAUCGGAAUCGCCAGCCUCUUGGCGAAGUAUCGCUUCGAACCAGGACCAAAUUUCACAUAUCCGAUUGAAUUCGACGAAGGAAAUUUCCUGCUGAUGUUGAAGAACGAGACCAUGCUACGAAUCGAAGAACGUUAAACUGAACGCAGUAAUCGAUUUUUUUCAGAAAAUGAAAUUCACAGUUUUCAACUCCAGAUAAAAUGGCGCCCGAUGAAUAAAUUCCAGCUCGAUCUUUUCUAAAAAAACAAUUUUCUCCGAUUCUCGAAUAUUUUUGGAAGCAAUCCUGCUACAAAGUCAACUUGGUAGACCCUUUUUUCCCUCGUCAUCUUCAAUAAAAAUUGCGAGCUUUUCAUCAGCUUCAUGCUUUUAUUGUAACAAAUACACCGAGUAGUAUAUUUCCAUAAUAGUUUUCACUAGAUCGGAUCAACGUAUAUACAUUAACUAUACACAUAUGUAUGUUAUAAAUAUAUAGAUAUAUACAAUA